CUACCUACAAUUCGCUAGCUACUCGGGAUUUAAGUCCAGGACUUUGAACUUCUAGUCUUACAGCUUCUCUUCAAAAACAUACCAUUCAUUCUUCAUGGCGACAAUCGUCAAGUCAUCAUGAAUGUCCCUCCAGAGCCAGCUCUUCCUUUUCUUAAACAUAAUACUAAAUCUUGUGGAGGUAAUGCCGCUUUUCAUAAUUUCAAUAAUGAUUAUUCUCAUAUCGUCAAUCCGAAUUAUAGGAGGAGGUUAGCUUUGUCUGAAAUUGAUAAGGUGCGUAUAAUUUUAUAGUCUAGUCUUGAGGCUCGGAUGUAGCAUUGAAAUUCUCGGUACCUGCAAUUGCUAGAAGUCCUUUCCUGUUUCUAUCAUUCAUUUUCAAUUCAUCUUGACGCGUUUCGUGGAAUUUUAACUAAUCUACUAUAGGUUCCCUUUGGUUGGUAUCACAUUCGGGCUGUUGUGGUGGCAGGUAUUGGAUUCUUCACAGAUUCAUAUGAUAUAUUUGCUAGUACGUCUAAGCUAUAACUGAAGCUAAAAUUAUUUCAAAAGCUAACAUCCUCAAGUCAAUCUCAUGACAUCAAUGCUCGGAAUGGUCUAUUGGCAAGGUCCUCCCAGUUCAGGAGAGAAUUAUGGUAUUCUUCCCACGGGUAUCAAUACAGCCAUCAAAGCCGCUACUUCUGGUGGUGCAGUCAUCGAUUAAAUUAUAUUUGGAUGGUUAGCGGAUUCUAUCGGUCGGAGAAAAAUGUAUGGUGUCGAACUUGCUAUUAUUAUACUGGCUACACUGGCUCAAAGCUUGAGUUCAAGUAGUCCGGCCGUUAGCAUUUCUGGUGUGUUUAUCUUUUGGAGAGUGGUUAUGGGUAUUGGUAUUGGUAUUGGUGGUGAUUGUCCAAUGUCUGCCGUUAUUACUUCGGAGUAAGAUCUUUUCUUUUUGAGAUUGAAUAUUGGUGUUUUAGAAGUGUCUAGGCCUUCGAUAUCACUCCUUGAAUAGAUCUUCGGGACUUUGAUACUCAGCCUUUGCUUUUGUAUCUCUUUUAAGUCUUGCAAAUAUUCAGGAUACUAUUUUCAUUACUUUUUAUGCAUUCUCACUUCAUUUGAUACAAAACUGAUAUUCUCAUAGAUUUGCCCCAACAAGAUGGAGAGGAGGAAUGAUGGCCGCAGUAUUUUCCGUGCAAGGCGUCGGUUAAUUUACCACUGCCCUCAUUGUCCUUAUAACUACAUACGCAUUCAAAAACUCCCUAACAAACACAUCAAGCACAUUCGAUACCUGUGGACCAGCAUGUCAACUUGCAGCCGAUAGAGCAUGGCGAAUAAUUGUAGGAUUCGGAGCCAUCCCAGCUUGUUUCGCUCUUUAUUACCGAAUUACGAUUCCCGAACCUCCACGAUAUACUUUCGACGUGGCGCAUGAUAUUGAAAAGGCAGAUGCGGAUAUUAAAGCUUAUGUUGUUUAUGUUUGGGGAGAAGGAAAAAAAGUGCAUGAGAAGUACAUAAGAUACAUAAGACACAUACAUAUUGUAAGAAUAUCAAUAAACACAACAUGACAUGAAAGAAAAUAGUAAAAUAGUAAAUAAGGAAUAAAUAAUGAAAGAUCAUAAAAGUAUAAAUAUCCAAUGAAAUAUUUGAUCGUGAUAAACUUAUAUACUAGG